AUGGCGGCUCGCUCCACUCUCGCGAAGUUCCUGCCUAUUGAGGUUAUGCCGGUUGUGGGCCCCGUGGCUCUGGCUGCUGGCCUCUUUGGUUGGAUGAUGACCCGCACCAUUGUCAGCGACCCUGAUGGCCACUCCAAGGCCCGCGUGGGCAUCAGCAUUCAGGACGACGAGACCGCCGAGAAGCGCGGCGAGGGCUGGCGCGGCAGCAUCCGCAACCACUUCACGACGCGUAUCUCGUCCAACGCCGUCAGCAUCUUCCCCAACAAGGUCUGA